GAUCCUGGGCACCAACUCCAUGAGAAAUCUGGGAAAAAUGGGGAAAAAUGGGUGAAAUUGGGGAAAAAUGGGUGAUUUUUUUGGCGAUUUUCCUGGGGAUUGUGUCGGCCGUUGGGAGGGCGAUUCCCGGAUUUUCCUGCCGUCAUUCCCAGUUUGUGAAGUUUGCCAACAUCGAGGAGGACACGCCCUCGUACCACCGCAGCUACGACUUCUUCGUGUCGCGCUUCAGCGAGAUGUGCCACUCCGCACACGGCGACCCCGACGUGCGAGACAGGAUCCGGAUGUCGGGGAUCCGGGGGCUGCAGGGCGUGGUGCGGAAGACGGUGAGCGACGAGCUGCAGGCCAACAUCUGGGAGCCGCAGCACAUGGACAAGAUCGUGCCCUCACUGCUCUUCAACCUGCAGCAGGCCGAGAGCGCCGAGAGCCGCUCCCCGUCCCCGCUGCAGGCGCCGGCGCAGGAGGCGCAGGAGAGCCCCUGGGAGCUGGCCGAGCGCUGCCUGCGGGAGCUGCUGGGGAGAGCCCAGUUCGGAAACAUCAAAAACGCCCUCCGGCCCGUCCUCGU